AUGUCGACUCUACCUUCUCAGGACACCAUUCGACGCUCCCACUUGAGUGUAGGUGAUAUGGGUUUGUCUACCGGGCAUCAAAACUUGCUCCCCGUAGCAGCGGGCGUCCACAUAAUUCCCGACCUCACUUCUGGGCGUCCGAGUAGUGUCGUCACAGCAUCUCGACACCAUGGGUUUUCGUCGUCAGGGCGGUAUCACAAAGGGAACCACUGCCCAUUGUUUGAAGGAGCAGUCUGUGGGGCAUCUCUGAGGGAGGUUGUAGAAGAAAAUGAAGACAGUGGAGGCGAACUGAUGCUGAAUAGUGGGAUAAAUGAGGGCGAGCAGAAAUAUGGUAGAAGUGAUUGUCACCUAGCCGCUCACUCUUUUUCAGUUAUCAACUGCCAAAAAGAUAAAGAAGAGGAGUUAUUUGACAACGACAAUUGUGAGGGAUCGCCUGUGGAAAAUCGACGGAGUCUAAAGACACCUGUGAAUUCUACUGACCACUCCCUUCGUUGCCUAGCAAAGGAUUGUUCAGCAGACAUAUCUGCAGAGGAGGCAGCAAGCAACCAGAAAUCGUCUGCUUGUUUAGCCGUCAAUGUACCGAUCCCCGAGGAUAAAGGCAAGUUUUGUACUACUUAUAGGGAAGCAUUUGAAAGCUUCAAUCAUUCAAUGUCAUGCGAUAAUCGUCACCAUGACGCCUACCCUCCAUCGCAGACACCGCAAGUUGUUUCUUCCAGUAACUCCACUUCAGUGGCCUACCACCACCCCCAUGAAUCUCGUCGCGGCAACCCAGACAGCCGGACAGUUAUUUCAGUCGGCGAUGACCCCGCCGGGCAGUCGCUGCCAGGGGUGGCAGCGAAACGCCCGGACUGCUGUGGGGGCGGCGCCGCCUCUGUUACUGGGGUCAGCAUUGUUAGCGCGCGGUCGAUGAUCCAGGGUUCGGUCAUCACCUUUCGGGACGUCGAGUACAUUGUGCCCGUUAAGAAAAAUCCCUGUAGUCGAGCGGUGAAAAAGGUGGUUCUCGAUGGCGUCAGUGGAAUUAUGCGCCCUGGCUUGAAUGCCAUAAUGGGUCCCACAGGCUGUGGAAAAUCAUCCCUUCUCGACGUUUUGGCUGGACGCAAGGAUCCGCGCUUUCUCACUGGUGAGGUAUUAGUAGACGGUCAUCCUCAACCAAAGAACUUUAAAUGUAUCUCAGGCUACGUCGUUCAGGAUGACAUUCUCAUGGGCACUUUGACAGUUCGUGAGACUUUGUACCUCGCCGCCGCACUGAGGCGAAAACAGGGAUCUACCAAAGUUGAAACGCACGAAAAGAUCAACGAAAUUCUCGACGAACUUGGUCUAAUGAAAAUCGCAGAUAACAAAAUUGGAACGGAGCUUAUUCGUGGCAUAUCAGGUGGGGAGAGGAAGCGAACCAGCAUUGGGAUGGAAAUAAUUGCUGACCCUUCCGUUUUGUUUCUUGAUGAACCGACGACUGGACUUGAUGCAUUUACUGCUGGAAGUGUCAUUCAAACUCUGAAAUCAUUAUCUCGACGCGGGCGGACGAUUGUUCUCUCGAUUCAUCAGCCCAAGUAUUCCAUCUACAAGCUUUUUGAUUCCCUCACACUAAUGGCCAGCGGCCGAAUAGUCUACCAUGGACCGGCCCGAAAAGAGCCUAUACAGUAUUUCUCCAAGCUUGGUUACCGUUGCGAGGACCACAACAACCCACCAGACUUUUUCUUGGAUAUUUUGCAUGGAGAAAUAAAACCAGCAGACUCUACUAGAGACAAGGGAGAUGAAUUUGACGCACAAAGUGAUGACUCAUUUGAGCGCAUGCGAAUAGUCUCUGAGAGGCUCGUCAGUUUGUGGACUGACUCUACAGAGUGUCAAAACAUCAGAAACGAAGUCCUGGCCGUCGCCAACCGCUCAUCAAACGCUACAAAUUACUCCAACCCACCAGACGGUAUUGGCUAUGCGGCCUCUUUCCCCCUCCAGCUAUUAAUAGUUUGUUGGCGGACCUUCAUUGGUCUUCUGCGUGACCCACAGGCCUCCAUUGUGCAGACCUUAGUUUACCUCUUCUUUGCCAUCUCAAUGGGUGUGGUCUACUUCGGCCUGGACACCUCGUUAGAGUCAGGUCUUCAGAAUCGUUCCGGUCUCUUCUUCUUUGCAACAUUACAAGUGGUAUUUGUCAAUAUCGGUUCAAUUGAACUGUUUCUCAAAGAAAGGGCGUUAUUUAUACACGAACACUCGAGUGGCUACUACCGGGUGUGUGCGUACUUCUUGGCGAAGCUUAUUUGCGAUGUUUUCCCCACAAAGGCUUUACCAGUGUUUUUUUUCAUGCCCAUAACGUAUUGGAUGGCUGGGUUGGUGCCUCAAGUGGGAAAUUUCUUCUUCUUCGAGCUCAUCCUCACACUGGGUACGAUUUCAGCAUCGGCUGCUGCCAUGGCUGUAUCUGCCAGUGUGACGCUUUUCAGUAUCGCCAAUGUUAUUAUAUCCAUCCUCUUCGUCUUUAUGAUGGUGUUUGGUGGUUUCCUGAUAAACCUAAACAGCAUGCCCCCUUGGCUCAGUUGGUUACGAUAUUUUUCAAUCUUUCACUACACCUUCGGUGGGCUCCUUGUUAACGAAUUAACAAAUCUCGAAUUCUGCCCGACAGCCAACAAGACGUCACCAACAUUCAAUGACACACGAAAGUGUGAACUUGGACGACUCUAUCUUGACAACUACGGUUAUGCCAGUCAAACAACCUGGGACAUGUGGUCUAACGUCGUGGGUCUAAGCGGUAUCGCAAUCGUCUGUUUCAUACUCUGCUACUGCCUCUUGCGCCGAAUCAACACAUUCAAGUGA